UGACAUUUCGUUUUGAUUACGCUACCUCUCACUCUACUGUCUGCGUACAAUCAUUUUGUUUAAUUUGAAGCAUCGAUUUAGUGCUCAACUUGUUUAUCUUCUCAAACACAAUAUUCCUGUUGGAUUGUUUGGAUUGAAAAUUUAGGAAAAUGGCUCGACGUUAUGAUUCCCGAACCACAAUCUUCUCUCCAGAAGGUCGAUUGUACCAAGUGGAGUAUGCGAUGGAAGCUAUUUCGCAUGCCGGUACCUGCCUUGGAAUUCUAGCCAAAGACGGUAUUUUAUUAGCUGCUGAACGCCGUAACACCAACAAACUCUUGGAUGGUGCCAUUUUUUCCGAGAAAAUCUACAAACUCAACGAUGACAUGGUUUGUUCAGUUGCUGGCAUAACAUCUGAUGCAAAUGUGCUCACAAAUGAACUGCGUGUAAUAGCACAACGAUUCCAGUUGAACUAUGGCGAACCAAUGCCUUGCGAACAGUUGGUUUCAUAUUUAUGUGAUAUUAAGCAAGCAUACACACAGUAUGGUGGCAAGCGUCCAUUCGGUGUAUCCAUUUUGUACAUGGGUUGGGAUAAGCACUACGGCUAUCAAUUAUAUCAAUCCGAUCCAAGUGGAAAUUAUGGUGGAUGGAAGGCAACAUGCAUCGGUAAUAAUUCCGGUGCAGCCAUUUCGAUUCUCAAGCAAGAAUUAUCCGAUGAACCAAUCACAUUAGCAUCAGCCGAAGAUUUGGCCGUUAAAGUGCUCAGCAAAUCGUUGGACAUGACGAAACUUACGUCAGAAAAGGUUGAAAUGGCAACGCUGACUCGAGUCAACGAUAAAACGGUUAUCAAAAUAUUGACAAACGCUGAAGUCGAUGCACUUAUCGCUAAAUACGAGAAAAUCGAAGCUGAACUUGAAGCAGCCAAACGAGAGAAAUUAGCCCAGAAAUCUUAAGAAUGUGGUUUUUUUUCUUCUCUUCAAUCGAAUUAAUCGUUUAUUACCUUAUUUUCUUUCAUGAUCUAUAUUUCUUAGCAAUGAUGGAAUCAUUCUCUGUUUUGAAAAAUGGAAACUAACAAAACCCCAAAUAAAAAAGCAUACAUUUAUUAAUAAAUAAAA